AUGCCUUCACCUGGAAAGCGACCAUCCUCAAAUUGGUUGGCUUUGCAGAAAACACUUCCGGACACUAAAACUGGAGGGAGCAGUAAACCUGCGCGCAAGAAACGCAAGGUGGAACAUAGACAUGAAUCUCUGUCGUCUAAUGAAGAUCGUCAGACAUCCGUCGACACCUCAUUUGUCCGUGGACCGGAGCCUGGAGAUGUGAGGUCGAUACCCGACGAGACGAAGAAUGGGGAAUCCAUAGCUGCAUUACGCACCAUGAUAUUAGGCGAGCUUCAGUAUUCACUCCCCCAACAACAGCCGGGGAAGUACCUUGCGCUUGACUGCGAAAUGGUUGGUGUUGGGCCGGAAGGAAAGGAAUCGUCCCUCGCACGCGUUAGUUUGGUGAAUUAUUACGGGGCCGUCCAGUUGGAUGUUUUCGUACGGCAGCGAGAGCGUGUUACCGACUACCGUACCCAGUUCAGUGGAGUCAGGGCUAGUGACAUGGGCAAAGCAAAACAAUUUGGUGAAGUGCAAGCGCAGGUUGCCGAAUUGCUGAAGGAUCGAAUACUGGUGGGGCAUGCGGUGCAUAAUGAUAUGAAAGCCUUGCUCUUGUCACAUCCGCAUCAUCAGACUCGCGACACUCAGAUUUACGCGUUCAAGCACAAAGUUACACGCAGCAAACGUGCUGCCCUGCGGCAUCUUGUUCAGCAAGAACUUGGACUUACCAUUCAAUCAGGGGAGCACUCUAGCGUGACAGAUGCAAGGGCAACAAUGGCCCUCUACCGCAUACACCGCAAAGAAUGGGAGAGGGGUCAGAAGCCACACUUAGUCGCCCAACCUGUUCCCAGCCCCGCCACCGGAAACAAGAGAAAGAGAAUAAAUGCUGGAACUGAUUCCUUACAACUGUCCGAGUUGAAUGAGGAAAGCACUCUCUUGACCUAUCCGGGUGGUGGAAGGAAGGGUGUUAGUUCAGGGUUGUCGACGGUAGUUAAGCGACGAGACUCGGGCAUCAAGAAAACUAAAUGGUGGGUUCAGCUCGAUGGCAGUUCUAAAGGUCAUAUGCGGAUGGCGGCUGGAAGUUGA